CUUGAAUCCAGCCAGUUGUCUGUGUGACCUUGAAACAUCCGAAUCAAUUGAAUUUCAAUUUACAACCAAUCAAAAACCUUAUAGUUACUAUACAUGUUUGUUUAAAUACGGAACUAAAUAAAUUGGCCUAGUUUGUAAUCCCAAUCAAGUGAAUACCACAAAUUACUGCGAUUUAAUAAUGCCGCUGACUUCACGUUCACCUUACGAUAGCAAAACACUGCUUGCUAAAUAUUAUGAUUUGCCUCAACCUGAUGACACCAUCCAGGUCAUGUACGUAUGGAUAGACGGAAGUGGAGAAAAUUUACGAUGUAAGACAAUGACUUUGACAGAGGAACCCAAACUUCCAGAAGACUGUCCAAUGUGGAAUUUCGAUGGAAGUAGUACAGGUCAAGCUGAAGGUUCCAAUUCUGAUGUUUAUUUAAAACCAUGUGCAAUCUUUCGUGAUCCAUUUCGUGGCGGUAAAAAUAAAUUAGUCUUAUGUGAAACUUAUGAUUAUGAUAAGAAACCACAUGCUUCAAAUCAUCGAUAUCAUUGUAAUCUUGUCAUGGAGAAAGCAAAAUCUCAUCAACCAUGGUUUGGUAUUGAACAAGAAUAUGCUCUAUUAGAUAUUGAUGGUUAUCCAUUACAAUGGCCUAAAAAUGGUUUUCCUGCACCUCAAGGACCUUAUUAUUGUUCUGUUGGAGCGGGUAAAGCACAUGGUCGUGAUAUACCUGAAGCUUUAUACAGGGCUUGUAUGUAUGCAGGAGUUAAAAUUUGUGGUAGUAAUGCAGAAGUUAUGCCAUCACAAUGGGAAUUUCAAGUUGGACCAUGUGAAGGUGUCUCAGCUGGGGAUCAUUUAUGGAUGGCUAGAUUUAUAUUACAUCGUGUCGCCGAAGAUUUUGGAGUUAUUGUUUCACUUGAUCCAAAACCAAUGCCUGGGAAUUGGAAUGGUUCUGGAGCGCAUACAAAUUAUUCAACUAUUGCUAUGAGAAAUCCGAAAUCAGGAUUACAAGUUAGAUAGUAGCUAGCAGUGAGAUCUAGGACGUGCGUUAUGUCCUAUUUGAAACUCACCAGCUAGAUAUAUCCGCACCUACGUGUUGAUUUUCACACCAGGACUAGAAAAUCAGCGUCAAACUAGAUCAGUUGGAAGAGGAUAAAAACAAAAUUAUCACAGAAACACAAUACAGAUGACGCCGCUUCAGAUAAUAAACCAAUAUUACCAGGGUAGGUUUUACAUUGUGGUUCGUAUAUCAGUAAUUAUCUGGUCAGAUUAUCAAGAAUAUAUUACACCAAUAUAUUACCUAAUGUUAAAAAACUUUGCCUUUUCAUUGCACCAUUCAAAUUUAUCUAAGUAUCUAAGUGCUUUAGAACAUUUGUCAACGUAGUUUUGCUUCGCAUGAAUUCUAGAUCUUCUAAAAUGUUUUUCCAGUUAUGGUGAUUAUUUGAAAAGAAACAAUCACGUGCUUUUGAAGGUGAAGGUCGUUUCUCUCGAUCACAUGAACAAGUGGGGAAUAUUUUGUAAAAGUACGACCUGAGUCAAACAAGGAAACUAAUUUCUUUGUUAACUGAUUUCAUGGUCACUAAAAUAAUUUAAUAGGCUAUUCGAUAUGUGUUUACAGUUGGAAUGACGAUUGUUAAACAUUGUUGUUAAACAGUGUAUCGUCCAAAAAAGUGCCGUUUAACAACAAAUCUGAAACACUAGUCGAAAUCAACUGAAGUACUAGCUAAAUUCUGAGAAUAUACAAAUCUAUUUCCCAACUUAAUUCGAUACCGGACGUUAGCUUAAACCACAUACCAUGUGGUCACUACUACUGUUCAGUCACUGACUGCAAAGUUUUCAGUCUCAGUCAAUUACUGACACAGCUUACUCAUUUGUUUGUUCUAUUAGUUUCAACUCAUUAUUUUCAAUAUUAAGGGUCAAUCAGAAGUGGCCAAACGAGGCUACUUUCUGACAAUUGGAAUUGUUUUAAAGUACACCAUUGGUCAAGAAAUGGUUUCAUUUUCUAAGGCGAAGGAAUAUACAUAUAUAAAUGGGUAUUUGUGUGAUUCGGUAGACAAUUAGCUUUUCUCUUCUACUUUAGCCUUCUCGCUCAAGUAGUUAGUUUCGGGAAUUAGCACGUACUAUGAUCAGAUGUCGGACAGCGCUCAUUAUAAGUUUUCAAACAAAUUUCUAUGAAAUCCGUUACUUGGUAAGCCUCUAAUCACCCCGGUACUCGUAUGAGAGCGAUGAUAUACAACUUCAAAAAUAAGACUAAACGAAAAUGCUGUUGCCUCAGUACUCCUUAAGUUCUAACAGGUGUUCACAUAAAAUUACUUACUUACUUACACCCGUUACCCCCAAUGGAGCAUAAGCCGCCGGCCAGCAUUCUCCAACCUACUCCGACUGGAGCCCCUCUGGGGCUACUGCCACUUCCAAGCCCGGAUAAGGGAGCACGGUUGGGAAUGAGGUUGACGACCUCAUCCCAUAACAACACUUACUCAGAAAACAUAAUUCAAAUAAAAUUAAUCACAACUAAAUACAAACAGUCUAUCAAAAUUUACUUUUCCGGUCAAACC